GAACCGUGUGCCCGUGACACGCGCCCGCUCCGAUCGAAACUUUUCCGCGUAGCUCGCCAUAAACGCGUCCAGUUGUAGUAGUGCGUGAUCGUUGAUCUCCAUAUACCUACAAAUUGGUGGUUCAAGUAGUAAACCUACUCUCGUACGUACGUCGUGAAUACAUUUUAUAUUAAAACCGCAGAUGUAUGACGAUCGUCUUGGCUACAAAUCGGGGAGGAAAAAAAAUUAACGAAAUAAAGAAAAAAUGACGCUGAGCUGGAAGAUUGGACGCGUUAUUUUUCCAACAAUAUACAAUGUCACGUAACCAUGAAGCUUUUACCGUUUGUGAUCCAUGUACUGCUGAUACUGAUAUUCAUAACCGUAAAUAAUUAUGGCAAUUGUAGACCACAGACAGGACAGCCAAGUCAACCACAAGCCGGAUCGCCUCUGGACUCAAAUAUUGGCAACAACAAUAACAAUAUCAACAAUAACAACAAUAACAACAGCGCCAUAUCACGACGGGGUUGGCGGGGUGAAUGGCGACGAACAGAUCCGGGCACGGUAUACAGUUCCAUUUGGAAGAGCAGUGAUCAGCCACUCGGCAAAGCCGAACUGUACAUAAUACUGGCUCUGCUGAUCGGCAUGGCCACUGUCAUAGUCGGCUGUUGGCUGUCGGACAAUUGCUGGUCACCCGAACCGGAACAACAUUACACGAUAGCCUGGCACGACCGGCACCGAUGGAUAUAAGAUCGUCCGUGGCUGUUAUUCUGGAUGGCACAUAGUAAAUUCAACAAUAUUAUGAUACGUUUUGAUUUACAUUUAACCUCGCGUUUUCGUAUAAUACAUCAUAUUAUAUAAAAUCAUCGACCGAAGAAACUUAUAAAUCGUAAAUCAACGUAGAACGAACAAACAACAAUAAUAUUAAUAAUAAUAAUUAUCGGUCGGAAGUGAUGGGUAAUUAAUUAAUAAUAUGGAAAUCUGUGCUAUGGGAUCGUAAAGGUUUCAAACAGAAAUUUAUCGAUAUUCGUGACAAAAAAAGACAGUGAUUUUUGUUUUGUCGUGAAUGUCGUAAUAAAUUAUGUUUUCAGUCCAACCAAUCGCUGUUACGCUUGUUUAUUAUGUUCAUGCGCAUACAAUUAAAAUAACACAGUUUUCCAUUGGUAAUUUUUAAUUAAUUUUAUUGAAAAUAAUACUAUACAGUCAUAAUUAAUAAUAAUUCACAUCAUUGGCGAAAUGUCAAUUAACAUUGGUCUUAGAUUCUAUAAAUAUUUUUGAAAUAAAAACUUUAAAUUGAUUAAUUUGAUUAUUCCUCCAAUUACGAUCG